CCUGCUGGCCUCCAGGAGUGGCUGUGAGCUGGCGGUGGUCGAGGUGGAGGCCUGUGGGAAGCCCUAGGUACCUUCACAGAGUCCCUCCUCCUCCUCCACAGGCUCAGCCUUCACCAUGGCUGGAGGGAGACCUCACCUGAAGCGGAGUUUCUCCAUCAUCCCCUGCUUUGUCUUCGUGGAGUCUGUAUUGCUGGGCAUUGUGGUCCUGCUUGCGUACCGCCUGGAAUUCACGGACACCUUCCCUGUGCACACCCAGGGCUUCUUCUGCUAUGACAGCGCUUAUGCCAAGCCGUACCCCGGGCCUGAGGCUGCCAGCCGAGCGCCUCCUGCCCUCAUCUACGCUCUGGUCACUGCUGGGCCCACUUUCACGAUCCUGCUGGGGGAGUUGGCACGUGCUUUCUUUCCUGCUCCCCCCUCCACCAGUCCUGUCAGUGGGGAGAGCACCAUCGUGUCCGGGGCCUGCUGCCGCUUCAGUCCCCCACUUCGGAGGCUGGUCCGUUUCCUGGGAGUGUACUCUUUCGGCCUCUUCACCACGACCAUCUUUGCAAAUGCGGGACAGGUGGUGACCGGUAACCCCACGCCUCACUUCCUGUCUGUGUGUCGCCCCAACUACACGGCCUUGGGCUGCCCACCACCGUCUCCUGACCGGCCAGGGCCUGACCGCUUCGUCACGGACCAGAGCGCCUGUGCAGGCAGCCCCAGCCUGGUGGCCGCUGCACGCCGGGCCUUCCCCUGCAAGGACGCGGCCCUGUGCGCCUACGCGGUCACCUACACUGCGAUGUACGUGACCCUAGUGUUCCGCGUGAAGGGCUCCCGCCUGGUGAAACCUUCCCUCUGCCUUGCCCUGCUGUGCCCCGCCUUCCUCGUGGGCGUGGUCCGCGUGGCAGAGUAUCGCAACCACUGGUCGGACGUGCUGGCAGGCUUUCUGACUGGGGCGGCCAUCGCCACAUUUCUGGUCACCUGUGUUGUGCACAAUUUCCAGAGCAGACCCCCCAUUGGUCGAAGGCUCUCUCCCUGGGAGGACCUGAGCCAGGCCCCAACUAUGGACAGCCCCCUCGAAAAGUUAAGUGUGGCCCAGGAACCCGAGACCUGCAGGCCGCAUUCGACACCGGCACGGCUCACCCCAUCCAAGCCGCAGAACUGUGCCCGCCGUGGCCACCUGAUUCCCAGCUGUGUGUCCUCCAGGGCCCCAGCCAUGUGCUCCUCACCCCGUGUGCCCCGCCCUCGACUGAGGUCUGAGCCAACACCCCUGCCGCUGCCGAUGCCCCUGCCCGCACCGACUCCCAGCCAGGGUCCCUCGCCUUCGUCCCCUGGACCCGGGGGCCCAGGCGGGGGAGGUGGACGCGGCAGGAAGCUGCUGCUGCCCACGCCCCUGCUACGGGACCUGUACACCCUCAGUGGGCUCCAUCCUUCCCCCUUCCACCGCGACAACUUCAGCCCUUAUCUGUUUGCCAGCCGCGACCACCUGCUGUGAGACCCACCACCUAAAAUAUGCCCAGUGUCCCUCACCCCGUUUCUUACCUGCCACGUGUGCGUGUGCCACGUGAGUGCUAAAGGACCCUGACCCCCAAACCAGCCUGGCUCGGCGUCAGAAGAUGGCUGACGAAGGACACUUUGGUGUGGGGGUAGGGGUCUCUUGACUGCUCUUUGGCCUUCUGGGACAUCCGGGUAAGCAAAAAAAAAAAAAAAAAAAAAAAAAGACCAGGUGGGCUCAUGUCCCUAGGACUGCCCUUUUAACGGCUGACGCUUGACCUAACCGGCCAUUACCUGGGCUCCUAGUUCUCAGAAUUCAACCUAAAAGUUUACUCCAACCAAUGGGAACCUCUCACUUCUUAGCUUUCUCAAGCAAGAGGGCAACUCCAGCCAACGUUCAGUGUCUAAAAAGCCAAUAGGAGCCCUUGGCUUUCAGAAUUGCCAAGAGCGGGUGGGAAUGAUUCCAAUCAAUGGGGGACCGCCCGUGUCAAAGCCAAGGAGGGCUAUGCAGACUCUCCCAGCUGGAGGGUGAGGGGCAGGCUCCCCCAUGGCAGGAUCCUGCGGCACCCCUACCCUUCUAGCUUCUCUUCGCAGGUGCACCCUCACACCCAACGUAGGGCUUGCCCCAGUUCACAGAUUUUGGAGUUUCGGGUGCUGUCUCCCCUUGGCUGUGCCCAGGGCACCCCCAAACCUUCUAUUAUUUAUUAGGGCUGUGGAAAAAUACUUUAUUUUCUUGGGACCCUCCCUUCUUCAUAGGUACCCCCUAUGCCUCAGCCUCAUGCAGAUGUUCCAUCUUGUGGGGCAUGGGUGAAACAGGAGGGGGUUCUCCUACCCCGAAUAGCCAAAGGCAGUGGGCAGAUGAGACACUGUCCCCCCUCCCUGCCUCCUUCCUCAUCUUUAAUAAAGACCUGUUUGUAACAGAAGUUUGGCUCAGUGC